AUGGAUCGGCAAACACUAGUCGGUUGGAAUGAAGGUGGAACGGAAACCGACGUGCUCGACCCGAUAUUUGAGCGAAACCGACCGCCAUCUGGCAACUCGAGCGUGGCAUUCCGUUGCACUUGUCAGCGGUGUCCGCUUUUGAGUCAUUCGAUAUUCCAUAUUGUUUCACGUACCUACAUGUGCUCAGGAUGGGUUUUGUUUGGAUGUGUGACAUUCGAGACUCGACCGGCUAAUCGGGCGGCGCAUUCAAAGGCGUUUUGCCGGUGUAAUGAUGGGAUUUGGUUGCAUCACGAGCUGCAUUUCGAUGAACUGCUCAAUCAGACCCCCACCAUCAACAUCACGAUCGUCGUCAUCGUCAGAAUUCUUUGUUCCGACUUGAGAACGUGCGGCGGCACACAACAAGUGCCUAAAUGGAUACCGCAAAAAGUGUUUGUUCUGACACCUCGACUUCCCGGCAGGAGUCCAACGUCGUCAACUUGUUGCAACUGCGAGAACACCGAAUAUGGAAAACCAUAA